GAAUCGACUUCAUGGGCGCAAGCACCAUCAUAUAUCAAGCCAAGAACAGACAGCAAAAACAUUUUCCCAGUUGUUUACAUCAAUUUACAUCACUUUCGCGUUUCAGUGCUCAACACGCGUGUAUAAUAUUGAAGAUUCGCGUAUAAAUAUUCAACAUAUUAAACAAUAUUUGCCGUUGGAAUAAUGAAAUUUGCAAUCGAAUCAGUUUCCAAAUGUUCAGGCCGUUUGGGUAAUUUGAGUAUAAUCAAUGCCUUCUCAAAUGUAACCCUUUCUACGCCAGGCUUGGUUCUGCACACUAAGGGCGGCAGUGUACCAUUCUUAUCCAAAGAAGUGCUCCAGUAUUUAAAUCUAGAUCCAUCGCUGAUGCAGCAUUCCUUAACAAACACGGACCAUAUGGAGGAUGCUGUCCGCGCCUGUGGUGAAGGUAUUUCUGGAUUUGUGGGCCAAAAGGCUGCGCUUUCCUUACUGGUUCUAAAGGAUCCGGCCGAGCUAUGUAAGCCGGGCUUUCACGAGAAGGACUUUGUACCCAUCUACAGUAGAAGCGGUCGGAAAAAUUUCACCUCCGAGCGGUAUAUGCAGCUGGUCGAGGCCUUCAAGCCGGACGUUUUCGUCCCGUUGUUUGAUGGAGACACCGAUUCGGAGAGUUCAAAGAAACGCUUACAGAAAUCGUUGAACAGAACGGAAAGGUUUGUAGAGCAGUGUGUGAAAGCGCGACGGCAAUCGGAUGCUUUGAAAAGUUCGAGUCUGAUUGGGCCAGUUGUGGGAGGAUACGAUUUGAGGCUGAGAGAUGAAUCGGUCAAAUUUUUGGAGCAAUUCAAAGAUGAUUUGGGGGGCUAUAUGAUAGCGGGGAUACAUUGCAAUGGCUUAUCAGCAGCGGAGUUGAAGGAAAGCUUACUACUGGAAGUGGUGUCACAUGUUUGUACGCAUUUGCCUGCGGAUAAAAUUCGUUUCAUGUUUGGCGCUUUCAACCCUGGAACAAUUCUCAAACUGGUUGCCCAGGGGGUAGACGUGUUCGAUACAAGUUACGUAUAUUUAAAAACGCUACAAAACCAGGCGUUGAAUUUCAGCUUUGAUGUGAACGACGACGACGUGCAUAAUCGCGAAACCGAACUGGACAUACGAGAUCCAAAAUGGGCUGAAGACUUUACAGGGUUUUCCCUGACUUGUAAUUGUUUAGCAUGCACUAAACAUACGAAAGCUUACGCGCAUCAUUUGUACAACACACGGGAGAUGCUUGGACCAAUUAUUCUGAUGAUACAUAAUCUCCAUCACUACUUUGAGUUUUUCAAGGAAAUACGAAAGCAUGUAAGUAAUAAUUCACUCGAUCUGCUAAUAGAUCAUUUGAAAAAGCAAAAGAACGUGACACUGUACGAGGAAGAAAAUACGAGAUUUGAUAAAGCAGAUAAAGUAGACACAAGUAACAAGGUAAAUAAAAAGAUAAAAAUUUGAUAUACGUUCAAUAUACAUAGAUAAUAAACAUGAAGAUAACCAUCA